AUGAAGAACUUAAUUAUCAUUUCCAACAUCCCAAGAUCCGAUUUCAAUUCUAAAGUUCCAGCUUUAAAAGCUUUGGUAAAUAAUGAUAACAUUGUUAAUUGGUCUAGCCUCCCUUUUCUUCAAAGGAUCAUAAUCAUUUGUAAUAGUGAAUUGAAUAGUUUCAAAUUACUUAAUUUCCUUAUAGAUAACAAAAAUCAAUUGAAUAUUCAAAACUACGAAUUAAUAAUCAAAGAAAAUUUCACCAAGAUUUCAAAUAACUUGGAAGUUAAUAAUCCCAUAGAUUUGAAUUAUGAGAAUAAACUUAAACCAAACUUGAAAUUGGACACUAAGAUAACCAAUGUUUUCCAAUUACCAAGUCCUGAAAGUCCAAGUAUAACAAUUCUGAUGAGUCAAUGA